AUAAACAUGAGCUAUUUUUUUUUUAGAUUGUGCUUCUGCUGUUUGGAUUACAUUUAUAUUUUAAUGUUUCUCAUUUGAUAGGUAAAACAAGCAGUAUUAGUUUAUAUUUUGCUAGUGCAGUUCGGCGUGUGAUGAGAGAGACGCAAUGCAUAAACAGGUGCGCACAAUUCUGUUCUCACAGCUUUAAACUGAUUUCUUCAGCUCUUCACACCCUGUGAAUACACUGUAAUACCAUUUGCAAACCAUAAACACUAACACUCUGAUUUUGAUUAUGCAUUUAACUUAGGUGAUGAUACAUUUACAUUUAAUAAUUGAGCAGACACUUUUAUUCAAAGCUUUGCAUCAUUUUUUUUUGUUUGUUUUUUUUGAGUUAUGACAACUUUGAGUGAAUUUACAUUCAACCAACAAGCUACAUUGAGUUAGAGGAACUUAAUAAUUUGUAGCAUAAACACAAAUUUUUAAGUUGAUUACUCAAAAAAAAAAAAGUUGCUCCAACUGCCAGAGUUGUAGCCCUGGAACCAAUUCAUCUUCUCUAUUUCAGUUCAAAUCAACAGCAAUCAUAGCACAUGCUAACAUAACUUAUUUAACAUGUAUAUUGAAUGAACAAGUAAGAUAUUACUUGUCACUGGCAUUAGCGCAGUCAUUGCUUAUAGAGUCAGAAGUGUUUAUCUUCAUGUAUCUACUCUUCAGCACAAUGGUAACCACAAAAACUUCAACAUUACAGAAAUGUCAAACAUAACAGCAUUAAACACUAACAGGUCUUUCCCUUCACUAAAAACAUGCAUGCUGGGAAUUAUAAAAUCCACUGCCUAAUUUCCAAAGUUGUCAAGACAAUUUCAUUAAGUUACUACAACCUAAUUUUUUUUAAAAAGACAAUUAACGCAGAAAUUUGAGUUUAAAUUACAGACAAUAUUAAGUUGAUGUAAUGAUCAACAUUAUGUCAAGAGAACUCUAUAAAAUAAUGUUUGCAGCUUAAAAGGUUUAAUUAAAACAAUAAAUUAGAAUUUUUAACUUGCAACCAUGCACUUAUUUAAGUUGUGGUAACAGGUCUCCUGAAUUACUUUUUAAAGUGUGUGAAAGUGAAUUUGUGCCUCUUUGGGAUAGCACCACAAGGCGCCGUUCACUUACGGAAUGCAAGCUUCUGGAGGGCACAUAGGUCUGAAGUAGUGAGUUUAGGUAUAGUGGUGCAGAGCCAGUGGUUGUUCUGUAGGCCAAUUGAAUUUGAUGCAAGUUCCAAUUGGCAACCAGUGCAAUUUUAUGAGGAGAGGUGUGACGUGCCCUCUCUUCGGCUCGUCAAAGACCACUCUCGUUGCUGCAUUCUGGAUCAGUUGCAGAGAUUUGACAGUGCAUGCUGGAAAGCCUGCCAAGAGAGCAUUACAAUAGUCUAGUCUGGAUAGAACAAGACCUCCCAGCAAGCAAUUAGCCUGUCAUUUCACAGUCUCGGUUAACUAGACCUGAUAUAGUCUGGCCAUGAGUAACACACUUCUAGCCAAAAUAACCUUGAAUUUGGUUUCAUGUCGUUUUUGCCAAAAUAACUUGAUAUGAUAUUCCGUCAUGUAAGCAAAGUCAACAGUGAUUACAAAUUAUUUUUAUUUCUUUUGACAUGUUCUAAUUGAUGACUAGUCUAUUGUUGGACUCUGGUUGGACAUCUAUUCAAUUUUCACUGACAGCCCAAAUUUUGCCUUCUUUUAGCCUAGACGUCAGAGCUAUAUUUGGACAGGUAUUAGAUGUCUUUUAAAUGAAAAUUUGCUUGCUGGGCUUGGACAAGGAGCAGUUUAUAUGGAAAAUGAAGAUGAAGUGUGCUUAAACAUCAUACAGUCAUAUGGUGGGGUACAAAAAUAUAAUUUGCACAAGUAAAUCUGUGAUAUUGAUCAUGUGACUCUUUGUACAGUCAGUCAGAUGUUCUUUGGAUCAUCAUAAGCCAUGCUGGAGGACACGAUCAUCAUAUAAUUUGUAAUGGAGAAUGUGUAUAUAAUUAAAAGAUGCAAAAUAGAAGCAUUUUCACUGGUCUCAGAUUUUUAUUUUAUCAAUAUAGUAAGCAACUGUAUGUGAUUUGACACAUCAGAAUACUCAGAAAUCAGAAUACUCAGAACUGUUUUAUUAUGUAAAUAGUGAAUAGUGAUGGUUAGUGGAAAAGUGAUUGCUAUUUUUUGUCACACCUUGAGAGAUUCUGGGAUAGAAGAAUCACAAUAGAAACUCUCAUGGGAUACUUCUUAUAUUCUUUUCUCUUCUUUUUCUUUCUUUAUUGCUUGCUUUCUCUUACGUAUACCUCAGCGAUGGAGCCUUUACUCUGGUUUCUGGGUUUUCUGCAUGGUUUCUAGGUGCGAAAUGAUCCCUUUAGAAAAGCUUCUCAAUCUAAGAGCUCUUUCCCUUUACGUUCACACUUCCAGCAGAACAAAACAGAUCUCAACGAGGCUGUUCACACCUGCUGCUUUAAGUAUAUAGGAAUCAGGAUGGCAAAGUUUUCGCUUGAACUUUUAAAAACUCAAUGUGAAUAAGAUGGAAGUAUGGCAUAGGAUGUAUUCUUUGAUGAGAUGUAUUUUAGUUUGACAGCAGAGAAUUGAAAUAAAUACUGUAUUUUCCUGAUUUCUUGCUAGUGAGAAACCAUCGAUCUCUUGUUUUAACAGACAUGAAAUAUGCAAUAUUUUAAUAAAAUAUGGUAUAUAUGUGAUAUGCACUGUAUCCAUAGUUGGUUUUCAUGGAAAGUAACUACACCAUAUAUUCACAGCUCUUUAAAGUAUAUGAAAAUUGCAUUUGUGUACAGGAACUCAAGCUCAUUUACUGUAAACCACUACAGAGUUAUCAGCAUUCCUGACUUCCUUCUCUGCUUCUUAUAAUCUAUGUCUUCUGCACAUUUUUUUUUGGAUCAACUCCAAGACGCCUGAGGGGUCUGGUGUGUGUGUGCGUGUGUGAAACUGUGUGGGUGUGUUUGAAGGCAGAAGGCAGACCGCAGAGCACGCACCCUCUGACACAAUGCCAGAUACCUUCAGGUCUUAACAAAACUCAGAUUAAUUGAAUCACAUAAAUGCAAACAUAUCUUCUGUUUAUUUAUGCAUAAGGAUAAAAUGCAAAGACUGAAAAUAUUGUGUAUAAAAAAUAAUCAGUGUAGAAAAAUCUUUAUCCCCAUUAAAAAAAUCAUUAUUCCCAUUAAGACAAAGUCAAAAGGCAUUUGUAUUAACCAAAACGCAACAUGGAAUACAAAUGUUUAAGAUUUUAAAAGGUGCAUAUGCAGUUCUUUAUCUGUUUGCAUCAGCUCCCGUCUGAGACAGAGAUGCAUAUUUGACAUCAUUCUGACGUGGCAGAAUUUAAUCUGCAAAUCAUACAUUUAGACUUUGUAGUAAAUGUUUUGAGGGAAAAAAUAUUUCAUUUGCAACUUGCAUUAGAAUUAAUGAUCAAGAAUUAAGCAUGAUACACAUACCUAUUAUCAUAAUUGUUUUGGGAAAGCGUGAUAUGUAAUGAGAAAGUAAUUAAAUGCAAGUAAAUAAUUGUGACUUUUUUGUUUUCCUAAUUAUAAAUUAUAAAAUAAAGCAAAAUGAAGCCAAAAUGCAGCCAAAACCUCCUUUUUCAUUCUAUUAGAGGUUGAGAGAAUGACACAACCUUUAAUUUGCAUGUUAAAACCUUGUUCUUUCACCUUUGCCUUUUGGUUUCUGAUCCCAAAUAAGAUGCAUUUCACACCUGUGGCUGCAGACUCUCAGUCUUUUAUAUUAGGUGUUAAUGAGUUAGACCCCCCCCCACACACACACACACACACACACACUCAAAACGCACUCACACGCAUGCUGAAGUUUCUCUCCAGCACUGAGAGAGUUAAGGAAGGAUACACCUGUCCUAUCACACACCUGUCUCAGGCUGGCAGCCAAUCAGAGCAAAGAAGGCAACCUUCUAGGUGGAUAAAUAGUGAGACGAUGUGGAUACAAAUCAAACCACUUCAUUUAUCAGGAUAUAAACACACAGACACACAUCCAACCAGAGAUUCAAACACAUCUGGGAGAAGAUACAAGAUAACAAACUAAGGAUUUUAUAACUACUGUCUGUCAGAGGAGUCAUGACCAAGGAGAUUGAGGCUCUCAUGGUACAACAGAACGAGAGUUUCAGCUACUUACGCUAUCCAGACAAUUACAUGAUGGAAUCUUGGUCUUACGAGGACGACAAGACCAAACCCAGACUGUCUUCGGAUGAAGACCUCGCUAUAGAACUCUUCUAUGAUCCCUGCAAGCCCUCAAAAGAGCCGAUGAUGACAUGUACCCGUGGUAGCAGCAUGUACAAAUCCAGAGAGGAGAGGACACCAAACAGCUCUUCCCCUGAGCUGGCCACACUGGAGAACGCUCAGAUCAUGAAAAUUAUUUCUGACAAUAUUAACUUCAGCCACGUAAAGCAACCAUUACCAGGCUCUGACCCAGUCAACAUCAACAGCAUCUUGGAGUCCCUCCUUCCCCAACCGCCACAGAAAUCAUGGCCAUCUCACCAAAACUUUCUGGAGGUCACCCCUGAGCCUCUUGGCAACAGCAAUGCGUUUGUGGGACAGACAAGCCCUGUAUACUCCUACCCCAACUCUUCUCCAGAGAGAUACAGGAAUGACUUCCAAUUCGUUCUUGGCGCCCCACAAGCUUCCCAGCACAAGACAACAGAAAUACCCAUGGUGUACCUCAACAAGGGGCAGUUUUACCCCAUCACGCUGCAGGGAGUGGACAGCACUGCUGGGGUUUCAUGCAGCAAAGUAAAAACGGUGAUCAUGGCUGUGUUUGAGAAUGACAAGAGUCCUGAGAUGCAGCUGAAGUACUGGAACCACUGGCACGCUCGACAGCCUACCGUCAAACAGAGAGUCAUUGAUAUCGCUGACUACAAGGAAGUUUUCAGCGGAGUGAGUAACUUGGAAGAGGUUGCUUUCAACGCACUGUCCUUUAUCUGGAACACCAAUGAAGAAGCAAAGGUGCACAUUGGCAUCAAUUCUCUGAGCACUGACUUCUCCUCGCAGAAAGGGGUCAAAGGUCUUCCUCUGAAUCUUCAGAUCGACACCUAUGAUUUCAGCUCAGGGAACAACCGUCUCAUUCACAGAGCUGUUUGUCAGGUCAAGAUCUUCUGCGAUAAGGGAGCUGAGAGGAAGAUGAGAGAUGAAGAGAGGAAGAGAAGCAAGAGGAGGACCAAGAAUGUUUCAGACUCCAGCAACAAUGGUUGCAAACAAGCCCUAGUCUCCAGCUCUGUCGGAAGGGAUUCUACCUACUUUAAAACUAUAGAAGAUCACGUCACGCAACCUGUUUUAUUCAUCCCAGAGAUGCACUUCAGCACUAUGCAGCGCUGUGGCCUGGUGCCCCCUGUUAGCAUGGAGGAAAUCGAUAAGACAUCACGGAAGCGUAUCAACAGCUACGCAGACGGCGGCGACCAGAGCAGCUCCCCUCCGAGCAAACAAGCCCGCCGAGACGAGCAACAGAGAGUUCUACUGUACGUCAGACGAGAGACCGAGGAAGUAUUUGACGCCCUCAUGUUGAACACGCCAACCCUCAAGGGCCUGAGAGAAGCGAUUUCAGAAAAGUACGGUAUGCAAGAAGACACCAUUGGGAAAAUCUUCAAGAAGUGCAAAAGAGGGAUUUUUGUGAACAUGGAUGACAACAUCAUCGAGCAUUACAGCAACCACUCUGCCUUCCUCAUUGAGAUCACUGAAGUUAUGAUCAGCCACUUCCAGAUCACACUAAUGGAGUUAUAAAAGGCAUCAUUGACUAGUGACGCCACACCUGGUGCUGCUGGCAGCUUCUCUCUGCCCUCUCGAACAAAAAGCACAACUGUGAGCCAGAUUCUGCUGUGCCAGAACUGUCGCUAUGGAAACAAAAGAGCUCACCUGCCAGUUAUAUCAUUUUCAGUUUCAACAGACAUAUCAAUAUUGACCAGUGUAAAUACAAGUUACCUCUUUUGUACCUUUUUUAUUAUUUUAUCUACAACUAUUUUAUAACAUGAGCAAUUAUGAUCAACAAGGUACAUUGUAAAUAUUAAUUGUAAAUAGACAUAAUUAUCAUAAUGUUGUGUGUUGACAUGAUUUUUAAAAAGAUAUAUGUUAUUAUUUCAAUGAUAAACUUGCCUUUUUAACGCUGCCUCUUUGCUGCUUAUGAUAGGCCCAUCAUUUCUAGGAAAGGAUGCGAGGCGUUUGUAUCGCUUUAUGGUUUGCAUGUUUAUUAAUCUUGCCGCGUGUUACUUAAGCAUACUUCCAGUCAGGGUGCUGUAACUGUCAGCCUUUUAGUUUCACAUCUGAUACGCUCCACAAACACACAUGAGUGUUUUAGACCUUUAAGUCGCACAUUUCCCCCUUUUAAAGAGCUGUGUAUCUGUCAGUGUUUCGAUCAUCUUUUUGAAAACUGGCUCCACACAUUUCGAAUCUUGUGUGGCUGUAAUGGUUGUCAGGACAACCGGCCAUUUGUCCUCCAACAUUUAAACAUGAAAGUUCGGAUGAACCACUGCAAUAUCGAACUUGCCCAAAUAUCAGAUUAAAUCAUGCUGACUUCAUUUUGUGCAUUUUGCUUCACAAAACUUGUACAUUUCAAAUGCUUUGUAUUGCUGUCAAACAAUAUUGAUAUACUAAAGCUGUGUUUCCUUUUUUUACUGCCUUUGCUUUUGUAAGGAAAAUAAAAAAAAAUCCAUAACAUA